AUGUCGAGGUGUCAGCUACAGGCCAGACACUGGGCGUUGUAUGCUGCACCCAGAUUGGGACACAGUCAGCACAGCACAGUUUCACUGUCUGAGUGUGACGACGUGGCCCCAAGCGUGCCCAACGCCAUCGCUGCCUCGGACGGCUUCUCUGCGGCACAGUAUACAUGUGAGGACGGCCAUGUCCAGUCGGGCAGUAAUCCCAGGUCUGUGUGUGAACGCGUCACGCGUCGCUGGAGCUCUCCUGACAUGACGUGUGCACUAUUGGAGUGCCAGAAUCCGCCUGAUGUUUCUAAUGCCAUGACCAUUUAUACGACUAGACACUACGGGUCAGAGGUUAUCUACCGUUGCUACGAAGGCAUGGCUUCAUCAUCUUCGUCGAUGGCCAUCACUUGUCAAGCAAAUGGUGAGUGGUCAAGCCCUCCUGCCAGCUGUGAAGUCGUGUCUUGUGGGGAUCCCGAGCCAGUACAGAAUGGUGAGGUCGACGUGCUCCCAAGACCCUCAGACAACGCCCCGCCAAACAUGGACAACACGACAUUUCACAGGACUCUGGGAGGACAAGCAAGACUUUGUUUAGAUAAUGGAACGUGGUCUGAUGACAACAUUAUAUGUGGGCUUAUCAUCGACUGCAACGCACCCCCUGAAGAAGAAAACGGAGAUUGUGUCUACACAAAUACAACUCUUGGCUCUAAAGCUUACUACACUUGCCAAACAGGUUUCAUGUCUUUGUCAAACUUGACGUACAUAUCUAGAACUUGCAGCCAGGACGGAGAAUGGAAGACCCAGGAUGACGGCGUACUUAACUGCACGGUCGUUGAUUGUGGCCACCCACCGCACAUUCUGAGGAGCACUAGCAGCUUCAUAGACACUUCUUUUUCUAGUACUGUGACGUAUACAUGUGAGCAACCUUACGUUAUGUACGGCAACGGAUCAGCAAAGUGUAACGAAACCAGAAACUGGCAAGGUGUCGACACGAUAAGAUGCUUGGCACCUGAGUGUCUCCUUCCUCCCCGAGUGCCUAAAGGCGAUUUAAUCACUACUGGUUACAACUCAGUUUACGAAGGAGGCUGGUUUACAAAAAUCACUGGUUGUCUACCCAUAGACUGCGGAGAGCCUCCACUUGUGGAGCAUGCUUCGGUGAAUGCUGGCCUUGCAUCUCCUACAUGGGACAUGCCCGAUGGAGUUUUAUGUGUUCAGACUACAGAGCCAAGCACGAAUGAGCAUGAGAUUCUACGGCUACACAACAGACGGGUUAUAUUUCUCUGCCGCGAGAAUCAGACAAAGUCUUAA